CAACAUCAACAUUCAACCUCGAGAUUCAAUCAAGGGAAUUGGUUUCUUAAUUGGUUUUUUAUUCAAGAUGUCCAAGCCCUCAAAGGAUAAUCAAGAUACGGAAAAGCUUCUUUCCAAGUCAGCAAAAGGUGUGACGUUCUUACUUUUCGGGCAGGUUUUCACAAAAUUUAGUACCUUUAUUUUGAAUCAAAUCUUGAUUAGUUAUAUAUCCCCAAAGAUCUUUGGUAUAAAUGCCUUUUUGGAAUUUCUGAUCAGCACAAUUUUAUUCUUCAGUAGAGAAGGUAUAAGGCUUUCAUCUCAGCGGAUUAAUGAUACAAUUGGUGAUGAUGAGAAAUCAUCUGAAGAUGAAAAAAAAUUGGAUAAAUAUGAUCAUAAUAGAGUAUUUCAUGGCUCAAAAUUAGCAAUAUUACAAAGUAUCAUCAAUAUUUCCUAUGUUCCUUUAAUGAUCGGUGUUCCAUUAUCC